AUGGCAGAAGUAGAGGAUGAAGAAAUCCGCCAAGCAGCUUUAGAAGGUAGACCAACCUCUGUUGUAAGAAUGUCUUUGCUUGAAGGUCAUGAUAGACGUCAAUACAAUCUUCCUUCCCAUGAGGAAGUUGCUAUUGUGUUUGUGGGAGAUGAUGGUGCUCCACCUGCAUCCAGGGAAAUUGUUAUAUACCCUCGAGGUCAGCCUUUAAGAACAAUUUCGUCUAUGUCUGCAAAUUUGGAUCCUUUGGUAUAUCCAAUAUUCUUCCCGAGAGGUGAUGCUGGAUGGCACAAUCAACUAGAGCACAACCCUGACCGUGCAACCCGUGUUAGAAACCAUGUUACUUUGUCUCAGUAUUAUAAUUAUAGGCUUGCUGUUAGACAAACUUUUAGUCCUAUAUUCUAUGGUAAGAAACUUUUUCAGCAAUAUGUUGUUGAUGCAUAUGUCAAAGUUGAGGGACAGCGCCUUGACAAACUUAGAAGUGAGCAAUAUGAUGCAUUGCAUGAACAUGUAAUUAAUCGUGCUAAUGAACUUAAUGUAAGACCAGGCCGUGUUGUUAUAUUGCCUUCUUCAUAUGUUGGUAGUCCAAGAGCAUUAAAAGAAAACUAUGAAGAUGCGAUGGCAGUAAUAAAGAAAUAUGGUAAACCAGAUCUAUUCAUUACUUUUACAUGCAAUCCAAAAUGGAGAGAAAUAGUAGAAAAUUUAAACCCAGGCCAAACUGCUAAUGACAGACCUUAUUUAAUUUGUCGGGUAUUUAAAAUGAAACUUAAAUUUUUCUUAGAGGAUAUUUUUAAGCAUGGAGUCUUAGGCAAAGUUGUAAGUCAGGUGCAGGUUAUUGAGUUUCAAAAUCGUGGUUUGCCACAUGUACAUAUUUUAUUGCACUUUGUAAAUGCUGAUAAGCUAGAAACAGCAGAAGAUAUUAAUAGUUUGAUAUCAGCAGAAAUCCCAGACCAAGCUGUUGAUCCUGAACUUUUUGAAAUUAUAAAAUCAUGCAUGAUACAUAGACCAUGUGGAAUUUUAAAUCCCAAUUCUCCCUGCAUGAAAGAUGGUAAAUGCACAAAAAAAUUUCCUAAGGAAUAUAAUCCCUACACUGUUGCAAUUUUUAAUGGUUAUCCACGCUAUAGGCGCGUCGAUAAUGGAAGAAUUGUCAAUAUAAAAGGUAAUCAAGUUGACAACCGUUGGGUUGUACCUUAUAACCCAUGGCUUUCUAAAAAAUAUCAAGCACACAUAAAUGUUGAAGCCUGCAUGACCAUAAAGUCAGUUAAGUAUUUAUAUAAGUACAUUUACAAAGGGCAUGACUGUGCCAAUGUGGUGAUAAAUGGUGAUAAAUCUUUCAUACAUUUUGUUUAUUUAGAAAAUUUAGAAAGUAGAGUUAUCUCAUAA